AGCGAGCAGCCCCCCGCGCACAAGAGCUUCCCAACCCAAUAACCCUAGUUCGGCGACGACUUGGCGCGCGGCGGCGGUUGGUUCGGAGCCGGCGAGGGCCACACGGGGCACGUGAAGGGAGCGCUUCCGCCGGCCUCCGCCGUGGUUGCUCGCGGCGUCGGCGAGGACGACCUCCUCGAGGGUUUUCGCAGCCCAAGGUGAGUUGAGUUGGAAACAAAUAUUUCAUCCUCGGACGAACCUCUCUUGUUGCAAUGGAAGCCAAGUUCUUUCGGUUCCUGAAGCUCGUCGGAGUUGGCUUCAAAGCAAGGACAGAGCGUGAAGGCCGCGAGUUGUUUCUGAAACUAGGUUACAGCCACGAGGUGCAGUUCACCGCUCCACCCGCCGUCCGCGUCUUCUGCUUCAAACCCAACAUAAUAUGCUGCACCGGCCUCGACAAGCACAGGGUGCACCAUUUCGCGGGAGCCGUCCGGAGCAGCAAGCCUCCGGAAGUGUACAAGGGGAAGGGCGUACUGUACAUCGACGAGGUCAUAAAGCUGAAGCCCGGGAAGAAGCAGCAGAAGAAGUAACGCAUGGGUGAGCCUCCCCGUUUGACUUCUAGCCUGUUGUUAGGGCGCUGCGUCGCGUUUGUUGUGCCGUGGAUUUCAUGUGGUUUUCUCUGCGCCGGGUUUAUGGCUAGCCCCGGUACCAGACAGGACUUCGUAAUAAUACUCCAGUGCAUGCGACGUAUGGGAAUCAUCUGAUGAAUUUGUACUGUAUGACAUGCAUACCGUCGGGUGGGGGGUGGACCAGCGGAUUGCAACAGUUUUGUGUUGUUUUGAGCUGCCUAGAUGUGACGUGUCUUCAGUAGUUCAAUGUGUUUGUUGCUGCCACAA